AUGGAUUAUAAAAGAGGAACAAACAAAAUUGAAGCAAUUUUGUUAGAUUUUCCUGAAGACCAUGAACAAAUAUCCUUGCAUCCCAAGGCAUUUAAGAAGAUGAGGAAUCUUCGAUUGUUUAUAAACUACCAGAAUGCACAAUUUUCUGCAGGACCGAAUUAUCUCUCUAAUGAGAUAAGAGUGCUCUAUUGGCCUCAAUAUCCGGGGUCAUUUUUACCUUCUAAUUUUCAUGGGAAUAAUCUCGUUGAAUUUAAUAUGCGAGAUAGCCUCGUCAAGGAUUUAGACGGCUUAAAAUUCAAGAACUUGAAAAAUAUGAUUUUAAGUGAGUGUCAAUUCUUAACAAAAAUUCUUGAUCUUUCAAGUAGCCCAACUUUAGAGAGCUUGGAUCUUGAAGAUUGUAAGAACUUAGUUGAGGUUCAUCAUUCCGUUGGAUUCCUUGAUAAGCUUUGGAGUUUUUCUGUUAGUGGAUGCUACAAGCUUAGGAUUUUGCCGAAAAGAUUCAAGUUGAGAUCUCUACGUCAAUUUAUUCUUAAAGAUUGCUCGAGUCUUGAAGACUUUCCAGAGAUUGAAUGUGAAAUGGAAUUUUUAGAUGAGCUAAAUCUUCGUGGCACUGGCAUAAAAGAACUACCUUCAUCAAUUGAGAACCUCAAAGGACUUGAAACCUUAUAUCUAGAUCGCUCUAGUAUAAAGAAGCUACCUUCAUCAAUUGGUAACCUUGCUCGACUUCAACGAUUUUAUGCACCAGGCUGCAUUGAUCAGUUGCGAAGUCUAUGUAUUGUCAAAGUCAACAGUUAUUCACAACCAAUAGACAUUGGAAAGGUGGAAGAGGAUGGUAUACAAUCCAUGCCAUCUGUUGUGUCUACAGGUGCAUCAACUACUACUGUAGAAUUGACUCCGACAAAUUCAAUCAUUUUUAAUGAUGCAGGUUCCUCCUCAAGCGCGAUUUGUAAAUCGCUAGAACAAUUAAGUCUUGAAUUUUGUUGCCUGUCAGAAUCAAAUUUCUUCACAAAUGUUAAUUACUUCCCCGCUUUGUUUAGUUUAGAUCUAAGUGGGAGUGAUAUUGUUUUCUUUCCAGCUCAAAGCAUCAGAUUUGCUAGGUUGAAAUACCUUUAUUUGAAUAAUUGCAAGAAACUUGAAGAAAUUUUACCUCUUCCAUUGGGUAUAGCAAGUGUUGAAGCUCGUGAAUGCACGUCGUUGGAAAGUUUUGCACUACUAUCUGAAAUACUUAUUAAAAACAAUGGAGCCAAUUUUCCUAACCUCCUAAGGAUUGACUUGCAUGGAUGCCAUAAACUGCUUGCGAAUUUUCCUAACCUCCUCUCGAAGAGGUUUAGAUUUGAAUGUGUUAGUGUGCCAGAGCUCGUGGUCUUUAGAAGUGUUAGGAUCCAUUUCCUAAAGAAGCAUGAAGAGAAUGUAAGAGAUGAAGAUCGCACAGUUGUGCUUUACAAAAUUCCUUCCAGAGAUUUUGGUUCCAAUUUCUUUUCUUGCGGUAGUGAUGAUGAAGAAUAUGAACGAGAACAACUUUUGGAAGAAUCCAAAAAACUUAAGGUUCAACUCCAAAAUAUGGCACAUCUUCAGGAUGAUGUUUUGGCCGUUAAGAAUGAUCUUCAUGGAACAAAGUUUGAAAAAGAGAGAUUGAAAGCAUCACUGCAUCUAAUAUCUGGAGAAUGUGAAUAUUUGAAGAUAGAGAAGAAUUUACUGGUUGAAAAGAUCUCUACUUUAGAGGUUGAAAUGAGAUAG